UGCAUAUGCUUUUGUGCUGGCGUCUACGAAGACGUGUAAUUCCCUUCUCGCCACUGCCCCCGUUGAAAGAUAGCAUCUUGGUAUCCUAAGUUUCGCGACACUGUUUAGGGCUCGCAGCCAAACCUCGAAGUCGCGCUUAUCCUCUUCUGGCAGUGGCGAGUCCCAGUCCAGCUUUUUGGCCCAUAGAUUUUGUAGCUGGACCUUUGCUGUUAUAGUGUAAUGGCUCAAAAGCCCCAGUGGGUCAUAUACUGACAACACGGCCGAUAACAUUUGCCUCUUUGUAGGCGUCUGUCUCAUUUCCUUUACUUCGACCGGUACCCUUAUCAGCGUUGUGUUGAAGCCCAACUGGUCGGUUUCAGGGUUCCAGUACAUCCCGAGGAUCUUGUUCUCCUUGCCUUUGCCGAGCUGUGCCGGUGUGCUCGCGUGUAAUUCCGCCGGGAUCUUUUGAAGUAGCUUCACACUGUUUGAAGCCCAGCCUCGCAACUGAAACCCUCCCUUGGCAUGCGACGACGCAACCUGCGUAGCAUGAUGUAAGAGUUCCUUUUCAUCCGGGUAGCUGGCCACGUAAUCGUCCAUAUAGUGAUUACGGAUGAUGUCCUCCACAGCAUCCGGGAACUCCUCUGCGUUGUCCAUAGCGUUCCUGUUCCUGACACUAUGGGCCAAAAAUGGUGAGCUUGCUGCGCCAAAGAGCAUGCUCGUCAUUUUGUAGAAAUGUGGAUUCCCUGUCCGGCGGUCCCCUCUCCAAAUAAACAUUUGUGACGGUUGAUCCUCGGCCCUUAUUUUUAUUUGGAGGAACAUUUCCUGUAGAUCCGCCACAACUGCAAACUGUCCUUCGCGGAACCGAAAGAGAAUCCCUAUCAGUGACUGUAGUAUAUCCGGCCCUUCCAAAAGAAAAUCAUUUAGGCAUUUCCCUUGGACGCGGCAUGCAGCGUCGAAGACUAAUCUUAUUUUGCCCGGCUUAUUCGGAUUAGUUACCGCAAAAUGCGGCAACACCCACGCUAUCUUGCUAUCUGGCGGUUCCUCAAGGGGCUCGGCGUAUUUUUUCUUUAACAAAUUAUCAAUUUGCUCCUUAUAACUCUCUGCGAAUGCCGGAUCCCGGUCCAUCUUGCGCUCGAUACUCCUUAAUCGACUUAUCGCAGUCUGCAAGGUUGGUGGCAUUCGCGGCUCGUCGUCCCGCCAUAGCUGGCCCACUUCAUAGAGUGGUCCGUUGUCGUCGAUUUUCUUUAUUGUUUUAUCCAAAAUAUCCACGGCCCUUUGGACUUGCGGAUCCACUUUCUUGAUAUUUUUUAUUCCUAGCGAGUCUAUGUUAAAAUAGUCUCUUAGCAUGGAGUCCAGGUUCUCAUCCUUCUCGCGGCAGUGUAAUAUCAGGUGCUCUUCGCCUUCCCUAGGGAUGACUAGCCGUGGUCUGCCCCCGAAGAUUACCCAUCCUAGUCCCGUUAGGACUGCCGCUGGCUCGUUUAAACCCCUUAUGAUUGCUUCCUGUGGCAGCAACACAGGCCAUUGAUCAACGCCGAUGAGCAGUUUGGGUACAGCCUCCUCGUAGCACGCAGUCGGAAUAUUUUUGAAGUGUUCUAGUUCCAUGAUCUUCUUGCUCAUCCGUUGCGUGCGUAGGCCUAUACGUCGCACAGUCGUGAAGAUGAGAUCGUAGGCGGUUUCCAAACCCUUCCCACGUACACACACUUUCACCUGUCUGCUUAUUUCGGGCUCUGCUUCCAUAUUGCUUACGCCUGCGAGACAUAGCGGCGUGGCAGGUCCUAUAGCUCCUACGGCGUCCGCUAAGUCUGUCUGAAUCAGGCUUACGGUGCUCCCGUCGUCCAACAUUGCGUAGGUGUCCACUUUCCCUUUGGGACCUUCUACUGUGACGGGAACCAUCUUGAGGAACACAGCAAUUGGCAGUAGCGUCAACGCCGGUUUUGGUGGCGCGGUGCCGCACGGCGGCGCAUAUUUCACCGCGUUGCGGCACCGCAACGCUAAAAUCGGCAGUUUGCGUUGUGGCGUCGCGAAGAGCGUUGUCUGGUAGAGUAACCAGUUCCUCGUGGGUUUUGAUUGUGGAUAGACGUGUCUCUCUGCCAUGGAGCGUCGUAAGAAACUUAUUGCUUAUUUGUUAUUAAGAAGACAUUACUCUGUUUUAAAUAAACGACAACGAAGAUACUGGAUACAUCCAUUUAAUAAGGCUAUAAAUCCCGAUGGCGAGUACUUUUCUCGAAAAUACGAAGCAUUAAAGAUAGACGAAAAAAAGUUUUUCGCCUACUUUAGAAUGAGUGUAUCAUCAUUUGAAGAGCUAUUAAGCGGGUUAUCAGAAUAUAUACAGAAAAAAAAUAUUAUAGGAAGGAAACCUGUUACUGCUUUGGAAAUGCUGGGCUUGACAGUAAGAUUUCUAGCAACCGGCCGUGACUUCAAAAUCAUGCAUACAAAUUACUACCGAGGAGCAAGUACAAUAUCGAAAAUUGUGAGGACUGUUUGUCGCGCCAUAUGGAAACAUCUAUUAAGUCAAAAUAUACCUCCUAUAACAAAACAGCUUCUAGAAGAUGUCGCUAUUGAGUUUGACAAGAAAGCGAAUUUUCCUAACUGCAUAGGAGCUCUCGAUGGUAAACAUGUCCGUAUUUGGUGUCCUGCGCGCAGUGGAUCACUAUUUUACAAUUACAAGGGCUAUAAUUCAAUAGUUUUAUUAGCUCUGGUUGAUUCUAGAUAUAGAUUCAUUUUUGUCGAUAUAGGAGCAUAUGGAAAGGAAUGUGACUCCACCGUUUUCCAGAACUCGAAACUUUAUGAUUUGAUGAUGACACAUAAAUUACCCAUUCCAGCACCAAAGCCCUUACCAGGUGAUCAAAAUGCAACUCCAUUUGUUUUUGUGGCAGAUGAAGCAUUCGCAAUCUCGAAUAACGUCAUGCGCCCUUACUCAGGGAAGCAUUUGUCGGUAAAACAAAGAAUAUUCAAUUAUCGGUUGAGUCGUGCCCGAAGGUAUGUGGAGUGCGCUUUCGGCAUCCUAGCCAAUAAAUGGCGCAUAUUACACCGAGCUAUGAAAGUGCAAUAUGAAUUUGCUACAGACAUUAUUAAGGCAUGUUGUGUACUACACAACUUUGUUUUGAAUCGAGAUGGAGUACAAACGGAUGAUGACAUUAUUAACGAUAAUGAUUCUGAUCUUCAAACGUUGCAUUCGCCGACAACUAAUGAAAGUAGUAUGAGCCCACAUUUAAUAAGAAAUACAUAUUGUAAUUACUUUUCUAGUGAUGUGGGUAGCCUUAGUUGGCAAUUAAAAAAAAUAUGAACCUUCCUAUUCUCAUUUAAAAAAUAAAUAAUACCUACUUUAUUUUAGAGAUGCAACGGAUAGUUGUUCGGCCGGCCAAACGAUACCUACAUGUUAGUUUGGCGGCGGGCGCGUCGUGCAGGUUUCAACCUGUUACGUAUUGUAGGUUCGCGCGGACCGUUUUCUAGGCAAGAAACGAGUUUUAUUAAGGUGCGUCUACGCUAGGCGAACCGAGCACGAGCGGAGCCGUUCUCGGCUUCGUCGUUCGCGGCGUCAACUGUGGACGUACAACGAACCUGCAACGAUUACUUCCCUCGAACGUAGUUUUCCGCAGUGUGCUCGCGGCACGAAUAUGGACGAUGUUAAUAAUAUUGCGGCAGCCGCUGCUGUUGCAGCGAUUAUUAUAGCAGUAGUCAGCAAAAAAGGAAAAAGGCCAAGACGAUGGGGAUCUACAAAUCUAUAUAAAAUGAGAACCAAGCAACAAAAUUUAGAUUUGCUAACCAUUUUGAGAGGUCAAGAAGCAACUGGCCAAUUUAAGAACUUUAUAUAUAUAUAUAUACGAGAUAUAUAUAUAUAUAUAUACGGAUAUACGAGACCAUGCAUCAAUCUUCUUAUUUUUUUUAUAGUAAUCCUCAUGUUUUGGGUCCCAUAUCAAUGAAUUAUUUUGAUAUAAAUCAAUUAAUUGCAAAGAAGCAUCUUCGGUCCACGUUUCCAUGAUGCUCGGCUCGAGCGACCGACGUCUGUCACUAAACACGUCCACGAGCGCACUGCGAGCGCGAGGCAAAUCCCUUUGUGUUCGUCAAAAAACCGACAACCGGCGGAACGCAAACGAGCACGAACGAAACGCUCGCAGCGCGCUCGUUCGAGGCUUGUAAGUCGGUCCACAUUAGACGAAUUGUGUUCGGCUCGUGCUCGGCUCGCCUAGCGUAGACGCACCUGUUGGUCAGUACGGAUCUAUUUCGUAUGCAGUAGGUAUAGUUUAAAUUAUUUGAGAUGAACGAAAUUUGCAAAGACUGUCAUUGCGAUUUGAACUUUAUCUUAAGAUCUGUAUGGUAUAUAUUUGUAUGGAUAAUAUUGUCCGAAACGUUCAACUGAAAUAAUUUAAACUUUUUAUACACAUGCGCCCGCCUAUUUUGCUGAAUAAAUAAGUUCUUUGUCUUUAAUGUGUAUACGUAAUUAUGAACUCAUACUUCAUUCUGUGUUUAUUUGUCUAAAAUAAUGGCAAAUAAAGAUACUAUAAUAUGUACUAUCCGGUAUCCGACCGGAUAGUAAAAUAAUGGCCGGAUAGGCGGAUAGCAACCGGAUAUCCGUUGCAUCUCUACUUUAUUUCAUUCAGUCUAUUGUAAACUGCGAAUAAACAAUUUAAAUAGCAAUUUAGGAUUUUAUUUAUAGUAUUUGUUUACCUUUUAGGAUUAGAGCACCAUAUACCCAGGACCAUAUUUUUUAAUAAACAAAGUACUAGUCCUGUGUUCUGUGAUUGUUAUGCG